AUGGCGAGAUCACGCUCAUUUUCUACAAACCCUAGUUCUUCCCUCCCACGGGGUUUAGGGUUCUUCCACAAAAUGGCGAGAGUGAAGCUGGAAGGCGCCGGUAUUUUCAAGUCGAUGGCGAUCGAUCCUGCUGGGCUCGCAGCAGCUGAGGCGGCAUUCAUGCCCCUCAAUCUCCUGGCGUACGAUGGCGCUGGUCGCAUUUUCAUGUGGGAUCUCGAGCACCGGCUACUCCAUUCUCUCCAGAUCGAGGAUUCUACCCUCGAUGAUCAGUCGGAGUCCCUCUAUGCAGCGAGUGAGAGCAAGACCUUGAAGCUCAGCACAGACGUUUCCUUUGCUGUGAGGAGUCUCAAGCUGAAUCGAACGGGAGAGCUGCUGUUACUGGCUGGUGAAAGAGCUCUUAUGUUCGUGAAUGUGGUCUCUCAAGCUUCACAGCCAUGCCGAUCUGGAAUGAUCGCUGGGGAUAUGUUUAAUGGCCGGUCUCUGCGAGUACUUCAUGCCGCUUGGCAUCCUUACAGUGAAACGCACCUUGGAGUGCUAUCCUCGGACGGGGUUUUCAGACUAUACAACUUAGCUGGAGAUAUCACGGUGCCAGAACAAGAGUACCACUUGCAGAUUGGUGCUCGCUCCAAACCAUAUUGUCGCGCGGUAUCAUUUGCUUUCGGCGGUGAACACUUUUGGGACCGGUUUACGGUUUUUGUUCUUCUUACGGAUGCAUCGAUCUAUGCUCUUUGUCCCAUAGUGCCAUUUGGAAGCCUUCAUUAUGGUUCGAGUCUUAAAGAUCUGGCCGGCCAAGUGUCGAACAACUCUCCCACGGCAAAGGAAAGCUCGAGGCUUGCAGCUGUUUGGCUCGAGAUUGUCUUCCCGGAGCUUGGUGAUACUGAAAAAGAGCUGGAAACCUCGUCAGUGUUUAGAGCUCGUCCCCAGGUUCCCUUCAAUGCGUCGUUGGUGCUGCAGGGGCCUCUUCCCAAACUAUCUGGACGUGAGAAUGAUCACAAAAUAUCGAGCUAUGCCACUGGGAUGCUGUAUAAUACCGCUGGGAAGGAUAGCGUCAUUACCGUGUGCACAAAAAACGGGGAGAUGUUCUUUUAUGCGAUUGCCGAUGAAGUCCAUCCUAUGUGGAGCUUGGACAACACCCCCAAACUUCUCCAAGACGAUCUAGGCGAUUUGGUAACUUUGGCAAUGCUCGUGGAACCGGGCGCAGAGAAAAAUGACGCCGCACAAACAGCUGACGAGGACACGGAAGAAAAAGAAGAGGAGCAGUUUAUAGGACCGAAUCCACCCCUUUUGCAUUUGGCGUCGGUUGAUCUAGCACUGGACACAGAGGUUUACAAUGCCAGUCCUUUGGGAAUAUUUUCGGACCCUCUUGUCCCCGAGCGGAUAUAUUGUCAUCAUGCGAUGGGACUCGACACCAUCCAGCUUCAGUGGCUACCAUUUUCAGAUACGUUUUCUGGUGAGAGCAGGGAACCGCCUAUUGUGUUUCCAGUUCUCGAAACAUCGGCCACAGGAAACUCUGCUCCUGUUCCUCUUCUCGGUGCUACUGUAAUUCUCCAGUCUUCCGGCGAUACAUGGCUGGUGGUUCUUACAGCUUCGGGAAACUGUGCUGUUGUACACAUGAAACCGCAUCGACCUCUUCCUCCAGUCGCUAUCGAGGACACCAGUAUUCCAGCGACAAACUCCGACCAACCUUCGCUCAAGCUUAUCAGCAGUGAUUUGCUGCUCGGACCGAAAGAUAUACACAUCCCUCUGAUUUCGGCUUCUACACCUCUUACUUUGAAUACUGUUGAAGGUCGCUCCAUCCUUCACGAUCAAGGCAAGCUGCUGCACGAAAAAUAUAUUGAGUAUGCACACAGGGUGCACGUCGAGCUCAAGUCUCAUCAUAAGUACCUCGGUCACGUUGUUCAAGAUCUGCAAAGGCAGCUGCGUCAAGUGACUGGCGAGCUUGAUCAAGCUCAAAGUAACUUGGACUCCUUCGUAACUCGCAUACAGCGAGCAUUUGAGAAGAACGUGCAGCUACAGGAGCGAAUUCGGGAAUGCAACAAGCUUCCAGCUUUAAAACAGAAGGUUCUGACAGUCGCAGAGCGGGAGUUCAAAGAUCUUCUGGAUAGAAAAAUGAAUCAGGACGUCGAUAUCCUACAGUCUGCAGUGGAAUCACUUACCUUGCGCGCUGAACGUGUUGCCAAAAAGAAAGUCGAUCUUAACAGUGCUGGGCGCCGGAACAGCCCAAAGCUUGCGGUUCCAGAGAGUAAAAUGCGAACUAUGAGGCAAGCAUUAGACAAGCUGGGGCAAUACAUUGAACUCUCAAGUCGAAGAAUAGACAUUCUGGAUCAAACGGUGAAACGAAAGGAGAGUCAGCUGGAAUCCUGAGAAUGUACGUGCGGCUGUAGUACUACGUUCAGAUUAAUUCUCCUGUUUUGCGGGAAGAACAAAAGUAAGCAUUGCUUCGAGUUGCAAACUAGCAAUUGCUUUACAGCAGUCCAAGUACUGGACAUGUGCCACAACUCUGCGAGCUCUGGUUCGCUUUUUUUUUUCGGGUUUUAUUAUUAAAGGUAAAGUGGAGGAGACAGUCCGUGAAUGGGAAUGGUGGACCAUCAAUCCAGACUUGCAGUGGGUAAACACUUUACUUUAGCA